AUGGAAUCUAAUGAUGUUGAUAUAACUAUUACAUUACCAAUAGCAACUAAUAAACAAAUAACUUUUAUUGAACAUUUAAUUAUCGAUCAUCCUUGUGCUAUCGAUGAACUUUUUGCUUUAACAUCUUAUACUCCAUAUCUUUGUCGUUUAAAAUUUUUAAGUCUUACCGAUCGAAAUGUGAAUAUUAACAAUGUUAAACCAAUUAUAUUACGAAAUUUAACACAUCUAUCUAUUCGUAUAUAUACUACAAUGUCAUUUAAUGUAUUUCAAAUAUUUAUUAGUAAUUUAAAUUCAAAACUAAAAUAUUUAUCAUUAACAACAUUAGUUGAAGAUAUUAAUUAUCUUGAUGCUAAUCAAUGGGAAAAUUUGAUUUUAACAAAAUUAUCUUAUUUAGAAAAAUUUGAUUUUAAAUACAGUGCAUGUUUAGUAGAAAAUUAUGAUACUCCAAUAUAUCUUGGACAACUUGAUCAAUUUAUCUCAUCAUUUUGGCUUCAACGACAAUGGAUAUUAGACAUUGAAUUUGACUUUGACAAUAUUAUUUAUUCAAUACGUCCAUAUCAAAAAAGAUGGUAUGAAUAUGAUACACAAAAUCAAAUAAUUAAUUCUUCUGAUGAAUUAUCGAAAUCUAUUCGACUUCGUUUAGAUGAAGUAUGUCCUGAACAAUGGACGAAAACAAUAUAUUUAAAUGAUUAUAUUAAUCAUGUAUUAUGUUUAACACAUAUUUAUCAUUUAGAAAUUCGUGCAAAAAUUUUUUGUGAUAAAUUAAUGGAAAUUUUACAUUUAUUACCUGAUGUUAUAACAUUAAAAAUUUAUUCGUUAUCAAUUUUAAAACGAGAAAAUUUAUCAAAAGAUGAAAUUGAAUUUCUAUAUAUUUUAUUACCUAAAAAUCAAAUUCAAAAAAUUUCUUUUGGAAAUAUGAAAGAUACAGAUGAACUUUAUAUGUUAAUUUUAAUUUGUCCACGUAUUAAUCAUCUUCAUAUUGAAUGUAUUAAUUAUAUGCAUGCGGAAUGGUUAAUCGAACUUAUUUUAACAGAAAUUAAAGUUGUAUCUAAUUCUUUACUUCGAUUAUUAUGUUUUUCUAUUCCUGAAGCAAAUGAUGAAAUGUGUGAAAAAUUACAAGAAAUGAUUGAUAGAGAGAAUUUACGUUUUGAUUUUAUAAUUAAACAUGUUAUGAAUAAAAUUUAUUUACAAUGGAUAUAA